GCUCGGUGCUCCCAUGGUCCCUGUCACAGGCAUGGGUGGAAUGGGCAUGUCUCAUCCCGGAAUGGGUGCUGCCCCACUGCCGAGUCCGAACCAGGUGCUUUAUGGCACGAUCAAGCAGAUCAACCAGGAGAAGGGCUGGGGCCAUAUCACCUGCAAAGCCCUUGAGAAGUUUCUGGGCAAG